UUUAUUAAGAUAGAUUUAUGAAGAAGGGAAGGGUAGCUGGUCUUGAAAGCUCUUACGCUUGUGGCAGUAGUGCUCAAGAAACUAGAAAACAAACAAACAAAGGCCUUCCUCCUUCUCUAUAUAUCAUUCCCCUCUCUUCUCUUUCGUUUUGUCUCUCUCAUGUCAAUUUCUAUCUUCCGUCGCGCCGAUCUAUUCACAGCUGGUCACAGAAUUUCGAUUAUGAGCCACUGAUGGAUCUCAUCUCAUCACCUCUUUUCUCCGGCGAAACCCUUCGAUUUGUCUUUCGUGUCUUCAAAAUUCACCACCACGCAAACAACGCCGUAUCCAGAUCUACUGGUGCAACUUUUUCUUCUUCUUCUUUUCCUUUUUUUUUUCCCCAAAGAAAAUCGCUGAGAUUUUCGUCUUUCAAGAUUUCGACGUCCUUCUUCUUAUUGCGCCAAAGUUAUUGAUUUUCUCCUUUCCCGUAUUUGAAUCGUUUAUUGGUCAUUUUCGUGUCGGUUAAUUUCUUGGCGAAAAAAAAAAAGAAAGAGGAAGGAUUAGGAGACGCUUUUAAUGACCUAGAUUAGUUUAAUAAUAUCACGUUUGAAAUCUGUUUUUAAAAUCCGCGAUCACGAAUCGGAACAUGAAGCUUCGUUGAAUAAUAAUCCAUUUUGUUAUUCUCAAUGAUUCCUCAAUUUCCAUGCCUUCUAUUUUUAUUUUUUUUACAGCUAUGGCGAUUUAAUUAUUAGUAUUAUUCUUAUUGUUAUCUCCAUUUGACUCACUCGCUCUCUCUUGUUUGUUUGCGUAGAAAAAUAAAAUCAGGUACUGCAGGGUUGUGAAAGCUAGAUACUAAUUAGAUCGCUGAAUCGAAGAAAGAGAAACAAACCAUAGUACUACUACUAAUUUUGAUUAGGGAUUUGAUCUAAUAUAAUAUAAUUUCACGAUUUAAUUAACCGCAGAAGCUGCCUCGGUGUGUGAGGGACAAAAGUGAGUGAGAGAGAGAGAGAGAAGAGGAGAGAUUGGAAAAGAUGUCAUCAUCAUCGAACUCGCCGUGCGCGGCGUGCAAGUUUCUGAGGCGAAAGUGCACGCAGGAGUGCGUGUUCGCGCCGUACUUUCCGCCGGACAACCCUCAGAGGUUCGCUUACGUGCACAAGGUUUUCGGCGCCAGCAACGUGGCGAAGCUUCUCAACGAGCUCAGCGCGGCGCAGCGAGACGACGCCGUUAAGUCCCUCGCGUACGAGGCCGAGGCGCGUCUCCGGGACCCCGUCUACGGAUGUGUCGGCCUCAUCUCCGUCCUCCAACACAAGCUCCGGCAGAUCCAGGUCGAACUCAACAAUGCAAAGAAAGAACUCGCAACAUAUAUUGGCCCCCAAGCGAUUCAAGGAAUUCCCGCCCCCAUGCUCCAACAACACCCUAACAACCCCUUUCCCGGAGCCAUGUAUGGGAACAUGCCGACUGCGACGGCCGCUGUUCACGGCGGGCAGUUGGUGAUUCGCGACGCACAGCCGGCGCCUCAGCAGCAGCAGCAGCAGAUCUUGGAGGCGCAGCAGUUGGCUGCCGCUGUGGCGGCGAGGGAACAGCAAGAGAUGUUUAGGAGUUACGAACACCAACAGCAGCAGGAGUUUCUAGGGUUCAGUGGUGGGUUCGAUGUGGGUUCGGCUUCUUCUGCUGGUGGGUUCAGCCAAGUGUCCCCAGCUGCUGCCUCUGCUGAUCAGUUGUCUCCUUCGUUGGCUUUGGGAUCAUUCGAUAACGCUUACCACAUGCAGCAACCGCAGCAAGAAGAGCCUCACCAUCAUCAUCAUCAUCCUCAUCACAUUCCUCUUGAGGCGCAGCUACUUCUCCCUCCGCAGCAGAAGCAACAAACCCAUCAUGAGUCGCAACUGCCCCUUCACCAGCAACAUUCUGAUAACGAGGAGCGUAGGAGUGUUGGUCCAUCUUGUUGAUUUCCAAUUUUGCAGCUCAACGCCUUUGUGUUUUUGAGUCCAACAAUUUUCAGCCUAGUUCUACCUGCCGGAUACAAAUGGACAGCAAAGAGAGAGAGAGGGGGUCGACGAAGCGCACGUGCGUGAGCUAGAUUCAUUUAUCCGCUUCGGUCUGCUAGGCUUUGAAAGGAGACAAUUGCAAAAGUAAGAUCUUCACCGAUCUUGAGGAUCUGUUGUCCCUUUUUUCCCCCUCUUAAACUAAAGCAGUAGCUACGUUUUACCUAUUUUCUUUUUGUCAAAAACUAAAUUGUAAAUCAGAAUUCAGAAUGCUUUUAAAGUCGUGUUUGUCAAAUCAUUUCUAUCACCCUUAGAUUUAAUGUGUGUUUGGAUUAA